AUGGUUCCUGUUGAUCACCAGACUCAAAGUAUGAACAGCAGAUACAUUCACCAAGCCAACAAGAAACCAGCAGUUCGGACCGAUCACAAGUCUCCUUCAUCGACGAGCAACAAAAAAAAUGUUUUGCACGGCUCCGACAAGAAGAAGGCCUUGUUGUUGGAAGUACCAUCACCAACUUCAACAUUGAAUCUUUAUAAAAAUUCUUCGGAAAGAGUAGAAGAAAACUGUUUUGAUUCUACUGAGGCAGCGUGUUCAUCACCACAGAAUCAUCAUCACGAUCAAACAAUUGGUUUUUCUCCAACGUUUGCAUUGAACCAAACCAAAGCAACAACAGCCACACACUCAAACCCUACUAGCAUCGAACACUCUCACAUCCAAGAAUUGGAGUUAAAACGAACACUUAAAGACUGUAAAUUAUUUCAAUCAUGCCCAACAAAUAUGAUACGUAAGAACACGCCACCAACCACUUCUGCUCUCACUCAGUUGAUUAAACAAACACACUCACUUGGAAAUAUGCAGACCAUGGACAAAAGCUUAACUGGUGACUUGUAUCACACGUUGAAUAGUUCAUCCUCCACUCCUACCUUUGAAAAAUUGCAUAAAGAGAAAACUAACUUGCCAUGCACGGAUGUGGGAUCGCAAAAAGAACCACUACCUUUCAAAUUUGAAUUAAAUAGUGAGACCAGAAAAACAUUUCUUGAAAACUAUAACAUUUGGAUGGAGGUUCUUUCCUUCAUGGAAGAAUACGAUGUGUUAUGGGGAAUUAGGCUUACAUGUCAUUUGUUGUGUAGAUAUAGCUGUGAAUAUGAAAGAAAAUUCAAAACGUCUUUUGUGAUGAAGCACGAUAUUUCAAAUAGAGAAGAAUUGAAACGAUUUACCACUCACAACCUGGUAAAACUGCCUAAUUUAAGAACUGUCAUUAUUACUAACGUGUAUUCGGAGGCUAUUACAUAUGAUGAUAUUCUAAACUGCUGCUUACGAGAUUUAUUUGAGAGUGACAUAAAACUUGAAGAACUGCAAAUCGACAAACAUAUUGACUUGAGGUUAUUUGAGUUGAUGAAGCAGUCUAGAUGUAUCAACAAGCUCAAAUCCUUGACUGUGAAAAGCCUAACCAAUAUUACUCCAAACAUAGCAGAGAGUAACAAAUCUAGAAAGGCGCUGACGAAUUACCUCUCUCUCUGUACAUCACUGGAAUCCUUAAAUUUAACCUUUCUGUCAAUUAUCGAGGAUGAUGUUAUACCUAUAUUUUUGGACUUGUGCUCGUCACACUCAGGAAUCAAAACCUUGAUGUGGACUCCAAGACACUUGAAGGAAUUUUCGUUUGUUGUUUCUACAAUUUCAGCUGAGACCAUGCAAUUAAUUGUGAAUUGCUGCCCAAAUUUGGCGCGAUUAAAAAUUGUAUGCACGCUGACACAUCAUCACAUUAGCCCUGGAAGCAUCACGAGUAGCCCAGCACAUACUCCCUCAUCUGAUUCCUCACAUAGCGGUACGACAAGCAAUGAUCCGAAAGAAAUACAUGCUCUAGAACACAUUUCAAGUUUACACAAAUUGAAAAUUCUUGAAUUGGUCAAUCCAAUUCUCACAAAUAAGACCUUGAACACGUGGCGCUCUGCAGAAGAUUUUACCAGCAACUUACAAAUAUUGAGAUUAAGGGGUAAUCCUCUUUUGGAAUUGCACAGAUAUGCUGUAAUUACUGGAGACGUAUUCACUGGAAAGAGGCUUCCAAAUGGUGCCUCAAAAGAGCAAAGUGAACUCAUUGAUCGACAUCAACGAGAAAAUACUUGCUCAUUUGAAGAGAUGGAGCUAUUUUUAAGAAAACUGCACAAUCUACAUGAAAUUGAUUUGGAUUUGUCUGUCCUUCUCUCGAAUUUGGAUGUAGGAUCUCCUUCCAUGAAAUUGAAUUUAUCAUUUCUCGGGGAUGAUCUUUUAUUUCCUCGUCUCAAAAAGUUGAGUAUUGCGGGGUUUACCUCAACAAUGAAGCAUGUUUUGCCGUUGACACGCCGAUGGGUCCAUUCUACACGCCCUCAAAAAAACCUCUCACCUUCUUUUAGUGAUGCUACUCUCAGCCCUAAUAAGUGCUCACCACCUCCACCUCAUCUCGAAGCGUAUUCGGCAACCAAGAGCUUGUGUUUACAAGGUCAAAUGUUAAGUCAACACCAAAUUGACAGCCUUUCAAAAAUGCAGAACUUGGAACAAUUGAAGCUUAGUUUGUCAAUUUUUAAUGCAACCACAAGAUUUCCAUAUCAAAACCUUACAAGCUUGUAUAUUUAUUUCCAAGAAUUCACAUACAUGAAUUUAUCAACUUUAUUGGAGCAAGCUUUACAACCAUUGGUCAAGUUGAAACAAUUAGUGAUUGGAUCCAUCUCAUUGCACCCACAUAUUCGUGCAUCAACACUCACCACAAGAUCUAUUCAGAAUUUUAAUAACAAUUAUUUGGAAGAGCUCGUAAAAGCUGUUCGCAUCCGUAGUGAUUCAUUAGAAAUAUUGGAAAUUGAAAAUCAACAACUAACAGAGAUUGAAAUGGAACACUUGAAAGUUUUUAAAAAAUUGAAAGUAUUGAAGAUUCCCUACGACUUGAAUGGUUUAUAUUUACUUGGACUCAUUAAGGAAUUGCCUCAACUACGAUGCAUUAUCAUCCAAUGCUGUUGUUCCUUUUUGCAAAAUACGUCUCUAGUGAAUGAUUUUCAUUCCAAAAUGAGAAGAGCAAAGGAAUUUGUGGCGAAAUCAGCUCCUCAGGUCAAGCUGACGUUUGAAGAAAUUCAUUUGGAAUGA